AUGGCAAAGUCCGCAAGACAUGUUACAGGUAAGGCUCCAGGAACAUCUUUGGAUGGAGGCGACAAAAAGAAGUCUAAGAAGAAGUCAUCUUCCAUGUGCGUUGGAGGAAUGUUCAAGUCGGCAGUCAAGCGUAUUUCUCGAGAGGUCAGCCCGGACAACAACAUCAUGCUGACAAGCAACUCAAUCCAAGUUCUCUGCGGGAUUUCUUUUGACUUUGUUGACACAGUUGCAGACCUUGCAGGAGAGCUAGCAAGGAAGGUUGGCAAGCAGACCGUGGGAUCCGAUGACAUUGUAAGUGCCUUUGAGAUCUUGCUCAAGGGAGAGUUGAGGAAGCUGGCCAUAAGAGAAGUUCACAAUGCUCUUUCAAAGAGCCAGGCCAAGUCCCGAGGAAAAUAA